GUAUCAGCUUCGCGUUUGAAAAAAUUGCAGUUUUUCCCUGCUAAAACCUAAAUUUCGUGUACUUUUUGUGGUUGUAUCGCCGUGUAUUUUUGCUACAAAACAAAAGAAACUAUAUGGAAGCCAUUGACACAGAGAACAGCAACGAUAGCACGGAUAAAAUAAAGGAAAAGGUCCGAGUUGUUAGCCUGGAAGACCCGAGUAUAAUAGCAUCGGACUUUGCUGCAAAUUCGAAUAGCAGUGUUUGGUCGCUUUGUGGACUAAAUUCAGACGAUCAUCAUGUAGAUUUAGGGGACAUUUCACCUUCGAUAAGUCCUAUAUUUACGGAGCAACAAAUGGCAGACCAUUUGCGAGACAGGCUGAUGGCUGAUGACCAUAUUUUCUCGGGGGAGCAUGUGUCCGACUCGACAAACGAAAACUCAAGAGCCAUACCAGACUUACAAAGCGAUUUAGAGCUUUUUGAUCGAGAAAUGAAGAAUUUAGAAAGUUUAGAUGGUGGCGAGGAUAUGAAGACGAAAACAGAUGGGGAUUUGGUUAAAAGCGAGGGGCAUAUAGCAACGAAAGCAUCGUCUAACCCUAGGAGAUCGCCGCGAAAACGUGGUGCGGAAGACACGAGUUCUGAUGGGAAGAGCGGUAUUGCUUUGCGGACGAGAAAUCGGAGACGUGGAACGCAUGUUAGGGAAGUGAAAGAUGACUCAGAAUCUGGAAAAGAUGUUCAAUCUAACAUUGAGAGCAAGGAUGAAGGAGGCUUGAAUCAAAGGUUGGUUUGUUACCAUUGUUACAUGUGCUUGUAACAUCUGAUGUUCACCCCCCCCUGCCAAGAAUGAAAGUUCUUAAGCUACGGAUACACUGGCAAUACUUUUCUGGCGAUGGCAAUGCAAUGGUGGAAAAAUCGUUGCAUUGCCGUCUCGAGAAAGAAAUUGCUUGUGUAUCAUGCUCUGCGACGGCAACACAAAGCUGCGCGCAAUCGUUGCCGAAAUUUCAAAUCAUUUGAUUUUCGGCAAUGAUUGCUGAAAAUUGGGAGGUGUGGUCAAGGAAGGUCAAGGUUGAUGAAUGACACGUUUCUUGACCAGCCAAUGAAAAGCGUUAUGAAGACAUAUAUUGCAGGUGUAGCCACCUUGUGCGACGGCAACGCAAUGCUGUUAUCACCCAUUGCGUAACCAUCACAGCAAAAAUAUUGCUUGUGUAUCUGAAGCUUUAUGUUUGCUGACAAUGUGUUGGAAACAUUUAGCAUGAUUUGCUCGCUACCAUAAUAUUGAAAACCCCCAGAAAGCUGCGCACUAUUAAAAGGGAUCCAACUAGCUGAAAAAUCCAAGUAAACUUCGACAUUUUAAGUGAAGGCACUUCGUCGGGAAGUUAGAAAGGCUUUUCUUGAAACAUUGGAGUUUUACUGGUAUUUUUCACGCAGUUGAAUCCCUUUCAAAUCCGCAGCUUUCUGGUGUUAUUAUCACUACCUAUGCUGACCGUCAUGGGUGGAUUUACUUGGGGGGGGGGGGGUUAGGAGGGGCUAAACCCCCGUAGAAGCUCUCUAACCCCUCUUAUAAAGUCUUCAACCCCACCACGAUUUUGCUUCACCCCUCUUAUUUUAUGUGAAAGUCUUUAACCCUAACCGAAGCUCGCUUGGUGGUGCCGCUUGCACCAAUCCUUUAAAAAAUAUGAAAAUCUGCCCUUGCUGACCAUUCAAGUUCAUAUUAUUGAAAAACACUAUUAAUGUUUUCAUAAAGGUCACUCUUUGGCUGCCAUUUACUAUUGUUCCCAGUGAACUGCAAAACGACUGUUUUUUUUAGGGGCUUUGUCAGUGACAGUUUUGUCAAUUACGAAGGACAUAUUUGUGUACCUCGUGAUCACAAUUCGUUGCAAGUGGUGUGUGAAAAGCUGCAAGCUUCAGUUUGACAGUUAAAUGAGUUUCUAAUUUUAUUGUCCAAUCAGAUGCGUAGUUUUGAAUUUUAUUAAAUCAAAACUACGCACCUGAUUGGACAAUAAAAUUAGAAACCAUUUAACUGUCAGAACUGUCAAACUGAAACUUGCAGUUUUUCACACGCCGCUUGCAACGAAUUGUGAUCACGAGGUACACAAAUAUGUCCUUCGUAAUUGACAAAACUGUCACUGACAAAGCGCCUAAAAAAGCGGUCGUUUCGCAGUUUACUGGGAACAAUAGUACUACACAAUAGUACUUACUGCAGCCCUUGUUAUUGGCCUAUUUUUGCCUUGGCAAAAUUGGGGAUUUUUUCCAGAGGCUGGUAAGAACAUUCUCAAUAUGCUUCAGAUUUUGUAUAUAUUGUGUACACAGAACAAUACAUGCCUUCGAAAAGUAUGUCACCUUGGCUAUAGAGCCUCAUUUUCAUGAUUGUAAGGUUGGGCUUUAGCCGGUGUCAGAUUUGUCUUUUGUAAAUAGGUAGUCUGAGCAUGGAUAAAAAUGGUAUGGUUACCAAAAUUGAGCUCUAUAGCGUUAACUAGGCUGGGGCGGGUUUUUGGUAUACCGUAAAAUACAGGUUUUUCGGUUUUGUCAAAGUCCAAGCACCGGAAAAAACGGAAAGUGGUGAAGAACCGGAAAAACACAAAAUAAAAAGACUAAUGUCUGCGUGGUCAGCAACCAACGCCAGCUCAGUCAUGCUGAUCACUUCAGUGAUCAUUUGUCAAAAGAAAUCAAACGGUACCAGACGUACCCUGUAAUUGACAGAGAUGAAGAUCCGCUGAAGUGGUGGCAGAGAAAUCAAGUUGAUUUCUCAUUGCUUUGUCAGCUUGCCCAAAAGUUUUUUGCAAUCCAGGCUAGCAGUUCUCCAUCAGAGUGAUUAUUUAUCAAGGCAGGACUGGUCAGUACUCCAUCUCGAGCACAAUUAAAACCAGAAAAAGUUGACAUGCUUACAUUCCUAGCUGCAGACUUGUAUUAAAUAUGUUCUUUUAACACUGCCCUCCUACCUGUAUUUUUAUACCUCUAUAAGCUUUUGUUAAGCAUCUAAAACUAAAAUUCUUCACAUAAUAAAAACAUGUGCUACACUAGUUUAUGUCUGUGUGUUAUUUAUAGAUAAAAAACGGUUUUUCGUUUUUUCUUGACGGUUUUGGGGUUUUUUCAAGAGUUUUUUUCCUAGUGUAAACAGGCCUUUUGUUCCUAGUGUAAACGGGCCUUUUGUUCCUGAGGGAAAUUUUUUGCAGUAAGCCUUGCAAAGUAAUUUAUCUUUUAUUUAAACAGUGAUGCCGAACAGAAAUGUGAAAAUGCUGAUGUUUUACCAGAAACAGCAACUCAGAAUGAACUGAGCAAGGAUGAUAAAACUACUGAUAAGCAACAAGACACAGCAACUGAUGAAGAUGUUGUAUCAAGCACUUUGCCAGAAAGUCCUCCCGAACAAAAUGAAGAAAAUACGACAGAAACAAAGGAUGAGUCAAUGAACUUGAAUUCUUCCGAAAGUGAAGCUGGUAGACCAUUGCGUUCACCCGAUAAGAGAGUCACUCGAAGCACGACUGGAAAUUUGAAGCCAAAACAACCAUUUGAUGAACUUCAAGAAAAAGAAGAACUGAGGAAUGCCAAAAGAAAAGAAGGCAACACAAAAAGGUCCAAGAAGAAGGAGGUUGAUGGACAAACUUCCGAUGCCGACGGCAAAGAGAAGAGGAAUGAAAAAUCUGCGGCUGAAACAAAGAACUCUGAUGACAAUCGUGAGAAUGAGUCGUCAUCCGAUAAUGAUGAUUGGUUAGAUUAUCACGAGGAUGACUCAGACUAUAGUCCCGAGGACGAUCCUGACAGACCCUGGUGUAUUUGCAGAAAACCUCAUGGCAAUAAGUAUGGAAAUUCAAUUGUUGUUCUUGUGUUGGUAAAUGUUCUUUCGUUGUAGUAUCGGUGUGUAAAUGUUGUUAUCUGUUAUGUUGUUAGGUUCAUGAUCUGCUGUGAUGGUUGCGAAGAAUGGUUUCACGGAAAAUGCGUUGGUAUCACAAUGGAGCAAGGAAAAGUUAUGGAAAAACGUGGAAGGGAAUAUGUUUGUGAUAAAUGCCGAGGUAAUGUAAUAAUUUGUGAUAGAAAUGUUCCAUUUCAUUGUUUUGAAAAUCCCACUGUUCUCCAUGUCAUCCAGUCAUGAUCUAGUGAUCAGAAUGUUCCAUUGUCUUUUCAUUGUUUUGAAAAUCCCACUGUUCUCCAUGUCAUCCAGUCAUGAUCCAGUGGUCAGAAUGUUCCAUUUAGGGUGCGAACUAACGACCGGUCAACAGACAAUGUCCGGCCAGAAUGCGGAGUUGUCCGGCAUUUGAAAAGGGUGUUUUGGCAUUUGAAAAGGACAUUCUGGCAUUUGAAAAGGGUGUUUUGGCAUUUGAAAAGGGUGUUUUGGCAUUUGAAAAGGGUGUUUUGGCAUUUGAAAAGGGUGUUCUGGCAUUUGAAAAGGACAUUCUGGCAUUUGAAAAGGGUGUUUUGGCAUUUGAAAAGGGUGUUUUGGCAUUUGAAAAGGACAUUCUGGCAUUUGAAAAGGGUGUUUUGGCAUUUGAAAAGGCUGUUUUGGCAUUUGAAAAGUGAGUUCUGGCAUUUAAAAAGUGAGUUCAGAUUGUCUUUUCAUUGUUUUGAAAAUUCCACUGUUCUCCAUGCCAUUCAGUCACAGUAACUUUGAGAGUUAACUAGGGUUAGGAUUGUACAGUACUUAAGGAUUACAAAUGUUUAAUUUUUUUUUCAAUCUAGACUUUUGUUAUAAUGAAGUUAAAUGCGGAAAACCAAUUUAUGUGAUUUCGCGCAGGACAAUGCAAGUCGUCCGUUGACGAGCCAGUAAAUUUCAUCAUUUGCGUUGCGAAUUGUUCCUCAAAAUUGUCCCUUGAGUCAUUAUAAGAAAGGUCUAUUGUUCUUCACAAAGAAUAAAUGCAUGAAAUGCGCUCAAGUAUGAAAAAUAAGCUUGAAAUAAGCAAAAAAAAUGCCUACAGCAGAAACUGGGAUAGAACAAAGGCAAAAUAAUUCUUGCAUAACAUCAUAACAAUGGUGUUAUCCGGUCUGAUCAUUGAAUGUCCCAUUGGUUUUUUGUUUUGUUUAUCCCACUGUUGUCCAUGCCAUCCAAAUAACGUUUAAACAAAGGCCCUAUUGAAAAGAAUUCAUUCUGCUUUGUCCUGAUAAACUUCUAAAAGAAAUAUGUGCUUUGUUUUCGCCUUAAUUCCAAAAUGAAGCUUUGUUUGCAUCGUCGCUUUUCUCUGCAUGCCCGAGUGGGCCUUGGUUUGUUUUCGUAUUUUUACUCGUCGUACUCGGGUAACACAACACUAUCUGAUGCAAUUAUUGACCAGCAUUGCAAUCACUUUAGAGCGGUAUAAUGUUUAAGAAUUAUGGAUUAGAUAUUGGGAAUAUUUGUACUUAAUUUUGGUUGAAAACUUAGUGAAAAUGCGAAGAUACGAGACUCCAAUUAUGAUAUUUAAUUGCAUGGCAAGGUUGGUGUUAAGGCAUGGAUGCUUACAACGUUCGUGAAAGAACCUAUUUUACGCGUCUUUUGUGGUAGAUUCUCACUAGUCUAAAAUUCAGACUGUUGGUUCUCAGUGUAGGUAGUUGUUUUCAAAUACACGUCCUUUGUAGUAGAUUCUCACUAGUCUAAACUUCAAACUCUUAGUUCUUAGACGUAGUGUAGGUAGUGGUCUUGAAAUACACGUCCUUUGUGGCAGAUUCUCACUAGUCUAAACUUCAAACUGUUGGUUCUCAGUGUAGGUAGUUGUUUUGAAAUGUACGUCCUUUGUGGUAGAUUCUCACUAGUCUAAACUUCAAACUGUUGGUUCUCAGUGUAGGUAGUUGUUUUGAAAUAUACGUCCUUUGUGGCAGAUUCUCACUAGUCUAAACUUCAAACUGUUGGUUCUCAGUGUAGGUAGUUGUUUUGAAAUACACGUUCUUUGUGAUAGAUUCUCACUAGUCUAAACUUCAAACUGUUGGUUCUCAGUGUAGGUAGUUGUUUUGAAAUACACGUUCUUUGUGGUAGAUUCUCACUAGUCUAAACUUCAAACUGUUGGUUCUCAGUGUAGGUAGUUGUUUUGAAAUAUACGUCCUUUGUUGUAGAUUCUCACUAGUCUAAACUUCAAACUGUUGGUUCUCAGUGUAGGUAGUGGUCUUGAAAUACACGUCCUUUAUGGUAGAUUCUCACUAGUCUAAACCUCAAACUGUUGGUUCUAUCAAACCUGACGCACUAACUAUUGCGAUUCCAACACUACUAAAAUCUAAAAAAUUGUUUUACUUGUGCAGAGAAAAGGGCAAAAGAAGCACAGAUGUCUGAUAAAGCGAGAGAGUUUGCCGAAGCAAUAAUAAAGACGAAGCCAGAUACAACCAAGCACGAUUCGCCAAAGAAACCAAGACAAAAACGCAGGAUAACAUCAAGUGUAAGAGAAACAUACAAAUUUCGAAUUGCAGGCUCAGGAAAUAUUUUUAAGUUUGAGGACUGGGUGGUGAUGAUGUCAUCAGAUGACGUCAUCAGAUGACGUCAUCACGUUGCGGUCAACUUUGGAAUGUACACCCUUUAACGUCACGAAUAGUUACCUGAUCUGGAAGCCUCGCUUUCAUGAAUUAAGACGAGAGGCUAUUUGCUCACAAUUUAUGAAAACGAGGCCUCCGGGUCAGGAAGGAAUUUGUGAAUGGUGUCUUGGUGACAUGCAUUUAGACAAAAAAAUUAAACUACAUCCACAUUGACAAGACAUACAUAUAAUGAAAAGAAUUUUAAAACGUCAUAACUUUACUUCGUGUUAUUUUUUGAUAGAAUAUCGUUGCGGAGCCUGACUCAAGCGAGAGACCGACCCAAGUGUCGGCGCCGUCACAGUCGGACGAAAUUAAGAAAAAGAGAGUAAGGGAACCUGCUGGAUUUAAAAUCCCCAAAAAGGUUCGCACGACACCCACACCAGUGUCGCAUUCACAAGUUCAACCAAGCAAGAAAUGCAUCGUGGAAGGUUGUCCCAGGACCUCAUUUGAAGGCGCUGUGUACUGUGGCCGUAGUUGUAUUGAGAGGUAUUGCCAUUAGUAUUGUUUGUUGUCCACAGACAGGGCUUUCAGAGUAGAUGGCUGUGUUGGUAAAGUAGGCAACGAUGUAGGGAGUCUUAUGCCUGUAUUCUAAAAGCUCACUCACACUCAAUGAGUGGACGUUCAAUCUGAGCUUUUCUUGAGUGUCAAUGUUGUUUUUGAAUAGCUAGAGGGUGAGUAGUCACAUAGUAAGGUAUGACACUAACCCUCCAGCUAUUCAAAAACAGCAAUGAUACUCGAGUGAAGCUCAGAUUGAACUUCCACUCAUUGAGUGAGCUUUUAGAAUACGGGCGAUAAAGUCAUUCACGUUAACACUAGUAUAUUGAUUUGAUAGCAACGCAACUGAGCUGUGUAACCAAAUUAUAAUGUAUCGCUACUGUCAUUCUUCAACAAGAUAUCUUCAAGAUUUAAGAUGGCAAAUGGCUAAAUCAGUUUUACAAAAAAUAACUUUGUUUGAAAGCUUAGAGUGGAGGAAGGAGAGCAGAAUUGAUAUUUCAAGUAGAAAACAAAGUAAUUGGCGGUAAACCUCGUGGCACCCCCGGCGGCUUAUUUUGAAAGCCCUGCUCAGCAAAUAAACCAAUAGUAACUUAUGGUUUUGAAAUGUGUGACAUAAUUUGAAUUAUUUUUUACUAGGCAUGUCAGCGAAGCUGUUACAAUGCUAUCGUCAAAGGUAAUGUAUACGUCGGUAUAUUUCUAUCGUACAUGAAGAAUAAUUUGAUUUAGUCUCAUUUCCCUGAACGCUUUACAGUUUUGUGAUAUUUUCAUGAAAUUGAAUCUAUGUAAAUCUUAUUUUUAAGGAGCACGGAGGAAAGUUACAUACGUCAGAAGGAAACCGUGUCUCUAUGAUCGAGAAAUCUUCAGGACGUUUGGUCGCGGGAAUGGCUGCACCUGUAUUCACGCAACUGACAGAAUGGAUCUUGAAAAAUCCUUCAUUUCAAGUCCUUGUCUCAAGUUAGUUAUCUUCUCUACUGGAUUACUCUAUCAGUCCUAAACUGUUUUCCCGAGAGGUCCAGUAAGAGACAUCUCGUAUUGAUCCAGUGUUACUAAAGGAAGAAACCUAAACUAAACAAACUUUAUUUAUACUGGAUAGCUCUAUCAGUUCCAAAAUGUUCUCCCUAGAGGUCCAGUAAGGAUCAUCUCUUAUUGAUAAAGUGUUACUACAAGAGGAAAUCUAUGUAAACUAAACUAAACUUUAUACUGGAUAGCUGUAUCAGUUCUAAGCUGUUCUUCAUCUCACAGGAGCCAGCCCAACAAAUCAUUCGUCGACGUCGUUUUAUAACAAAGUUAAUGCAGGUUUGUGCAAAUAAAAUCAUGCUCAAUGUUUUUUGCAUUUGUCUUGAUGAACAAGAGCAAAGAAAAUAUGCAGGCGACAGAGGCAACUGUCUGCUUAGUUUGUCUUCACGGAUGAUCUGUGUAUAAAUACAUCAUUAGACAAACUAUCUGGAAAAUUUCAGCCAUGAUUUGUUACCAAAAGCAUUGCCAUUACAAAUCACACUGUUUUAGUUAGUUCAUCUGGAUAGUUCGUUUAAUUUGUAUUCUCACCGAGAAGGAAGAACCGUCACAUGGACAAUGUGUCUUGACGAAUGAGCUGUCUCUGGUAUAAAUUGAGUCAUUAUUGAAUUUUCAGAAUCAAAACAGAAGAAGGAAAGCGACAAGAAGAGCGAAGUUGAGACUGUACGUAGUAAUGUACGACGAAUGAUGAAAGAUAUCUUGGUUGAGAGGUAAGCACAAUCCUCUUAACUAACUUUAUUUAUACUGCAUAGCUCGAUCAGUUCUAAAGAGUUCUUCCUAGAGGUUUAGUAAGAAUCAUCUCUUAUUGAUCCAGUGUUACUACAGAAGGAAACCUAAACUAAACUAACUUUAUUUAUACUGCAUAGCUCUAUCAGUUCUAAAGUGUUCUUCCUAGAGGUCUAGUAAGGAUCAUCUCUUAUUGAUCCAGUGUUACUACAGGAGGAAACGUAAACUAAACUAACUUUAAUUAACCUACCACUGUGCCAUCAAUAUCCUAAUGUAUUAAACUCCGCACUCAGCCAUUCCAUCACGUCUUAUCCCUACAGAAAGAAAGAAUCAAGCGAGAUCCGUAUUUCAGUUGAAGAAAUUAUGAAAUUGGUUGGUAAAAUUGAAGACGACAUGUACAAGUCAUUCAAGGAUACAAGUCAUAGAUACAAAGCAAAAUAUCGAACUUUGAUGUUUAACUUGAAGGAUCCUCGCAACAAAGUGAGUGGAUUAUUUUAGGCAAACUCUCCCCUGCAGUGUGGCAAAUGUUCAAUACUAUAAAACCCCCAAUUUGUACCGCAAGUGGCGUAGGGGUAUCCUCCAUAGAUCAAUUCGAAAAAUAGUUCUCAUUCUUUUUUCUUCCGAAAUUAAUUUCAACCAAGGUUACACUGCCGCCUUGUAGAAUACUUCAAGACCAACAAUUUUACAAAGUAUAAUUAUAAUAUAUGAAUAUAAUACCAUGUAUUCUCUUUGAGAGAUUACAUGUUAAAAAUAGAAAUUUAUGCUAGAUUUAGCAAACAAGUGUGACUAGCUUCAUUUUGGUACUUUUUGUGCAUUUCAAAGAGGUAUAGUUUCGCUUGCAAGGACUUUUUUCAAUCUUAAAUUUUUGCUAAGAUCUGUUGAAAAAUGGUUUAUUAGCCUUGUAAUGCAUAAAAUAAAAUAAAUCCUAAGCAUGCUCCACGUAUUUUCUAGGUUCUCUACAAACGAGUUUUAACAGGUGAUAUUCCUCCUGAUCGGCUUAUUUGGAUGUCGUCUGAUGAGUUGGCUACUAAAGAACUAGCCCAAUGGCGGGAACAAGAAACUAAACAUGUAAGUCUCGGAUUCUCGUCAUAAAUUACGUAAGGCCUGAUUUUGCAUGCACACUGUUAAAGUUCAAUAAGUGUUGUCUUGUAACGAUUCAGUGUUACUACAGCAGGACACUAUUGCUAAAUUAAACUAACUGUAUUUAUACUGGAUAGCUCUAUCAGUUCUACACUGUUCUCCCUAGAGGAACUGUAAGGGUCAUCUCUUAUUGAUCCAGUGUUACUACAGGAGGAAACCUAAACUAAACUAACUUUAUUUAUACUGGAUAGCUCUAUCAGUUCUAAAUUGUUCUUCCUAGAGGUCCAGUAAGGAUCAUCUCUUAUUGAUCCAGUGUUACUACAGGAGGAAACCUAAACUAAACUAACUUUAUUUAUACUGGAUAGUUCUAUCAGUUCUAAACUGUUCUCCCUAGAGGUCCAGUAAGGAUCAUCUCUUAUUGAUCCAGUGUUACUACAGGAGGAAACCUAAACUAAACUAACUUUAUUUAUACUGGGCAGCUCUAUCAGUUCUAAACUGUUCUUCCUAGAGGUCCAGUGAGAAUCUCUUAUUGAUCCAGUGUCACAACAGACGGAAACCUAAACUAAACUAACUUUAUUUAUACUGGAUAGCUCUAUAAGUUCUAAAAUAUUCUCCCUAGAGGUCCAGUAAGGAUCAUCUUUUAUUGCUCCAGUGUUACUACAGGAUGAAACCUAAACUAAACUAACUGUAUUUAUACUGGGUAGUUCUAUCAGUUCUAAACUCUCUCCCUAGAUGAUCGACAUGAUAAAAAAAGAAGAAGAGAAUACGAACAAAGCUCGUUUAAUUAAGAAAACGCACAAAGGCGAAGUCGAUGUCGACGGCGAUGAAGACUUGAGUACCUUGGAGGUUUUUACUUUAUUAAAAAUAUACUUUUGUUAUUUUCCAACAAUGACAGUUACUUGAGCAAAGAAAAAAUAGUGCGUGUUUCCAUUUUACAAGUUUUCAACUUCUGUCUAUUUUUCAGGCAACAAAUAUCCAGGAAGCUGAGGAAAAGAAGCCAAAGGUGGAAGAAAAGGUGGAAGUGGCGUUAGUCGAUACGACAGAAGAGCAUCGAGCUCAUUUAUUUGAUCUCAAUUGUAAGAUAUGUACAGGAAAGAUGGCGCCGCCGGGGGAGGUCGUGGCGAAAUCACCAACUAUGUCCAAUGUACCGUAAGUAUUGUGGAAGAAGUUAUUUCGCUGUCAUCAUAAUGAUAUUUCGUCCAAACGUUUUUCUUCAAGAUUGGUUUAGAAACAAACUUGGAGUAGAGUUAGGUUAGGGUAAGGAUUGGUGUUUGGAAUAGAGUUGGUGUGUUUGGAAUAGAGUUGGUGUUUUUAAAACCGUUGCUUUGUUACGUUUUGUCACUUUGAGGCCAGCGAAAUAACCUCUUCCAAGUAUUGUCACUGCUACGUUUCAGCAAAUGGUCAAUUUCAGAAAUGUUCACACUUAUAAGAGCAAGAAAUUUAAACUACAUCUCUCAAUUCUAGUGCAUUUUCCUCCAAACACAAGACUACUACAUAUAAUGAAAAGAAUGAACAUUAUUUUUUCACUCUGAUAACUGCAGGUUCACCACCAUCUGCUGUACGAUAGUGCUUGGUGAAAAUCUCCUAUAGCAUUGUAUUAGGUUGUGUAGGUUAACUCUUCACAAUUUUUCUCUUAUAUUAUGAUAGAAUUCAAGCCGCAGCUGAGAGUUCUAUUCCCUCUCCGCCUCCUAUUCAGGAACCAAGCACAUACACUGAACCUCUGUAAGUAUUGUAUCCUAAACUAAACUAUCCUUCUACUGGAUAGCUCUAUCAGUUCCCAACUAUUCUCCCUGGAGGUCCAGUAAGGAUCAUCUCUUAUUGAUCCAGUGUUACUACAAGAGGAAACCUAAACUAAACUAACUUUAUUUACACUUCAUAGCUCAAUCAGCUCUAAAUUGUUUUUCCUAGAGGUCCAGUAAAGGAUAAUCUCUUAUUGAUCCAGUGUUACUACAGGAAGAAACCUAAACUAAACUAACCUUAUUUAUACUGGAUAGCUCUAUCAGUUCUAAACCUUUUUCCUAGAGGUCCAGUAAGGAUCAUCUCUUAUUAAUCCAUUGUUACUACAGGAGGAAACCUAAACUAAACUAACUUUAUUUAAACUGGAUAGCUCUAUCAGUUCUAAACUGUUCUUCAUUGAGGUCCAGUAAGGAUCAUCUCUCAUUGAUCCAGUGUUACUAUACUGGAGGAAACCUAAACUAAACUAACCUUAUUUAUACUGGAUAGCUCUAAUAACCUCGCUGCUACCCCAAUUUUUAUUGUUUCUUAGGUCGCCAGAUUCGCGAGGCACUCCAGACUUUUCAAACUUGACGGAAAAAUCAAAAGAGAGUUCUAUUUGGAAAGGUUUCGUCAUGAUGCAGAAUGUUGCAAAGUUCGGUACGAAUGUUUUCCUCGUGUCAGGACCUGGGGAGAACCUCAUCCAAGUUUUGCCAGACACGUUGCAUGUGGCCGGCCGAAUCGCGCAUAAGCAUGUCUGGGACUAUGUCAAACAAUGUAAGACUUCAACCUCCAGGGUAAGUGAUUGGAAAUUUGAAUCUAUCUGAACGGCUGUUUAUUAUUGAGUUUUAGCAGAGUUAGUGGUUUCAUUAUAAGCGUUAUUUAUAGGGCAGCCGUGGCGGUCCACUUCUGAAAUGUUCUUACUUUGAGGACCUAUUACCUAGUGAACAAAAUUUUGAUCUAGACAAGUCUAGACAAAAAUUUCGUCACAGCUUGAAACAGCAUCACAAAAUUAGUAAUAUUCCGAAGUUUCGUUGCGAAAUGUUGUAAAAUGCGGAUAAUAUAGCCCUGCGAAGUUUGCCGUUUUUGCGGUAUCAAUUUCCCACGCGUAAUACAAAAUGACUGAAAAACGUCAAACUUCGCUAUAUUAUCCGCAUUUUACAACAUCUCGCAACGAAACGUCGGAAUAUUACUAAUUUUGUGAUGCUCUUUCAAGUUGUGAUGAAAUGUUUGUCUAGACUUUUCUAGAUCAAAAUUUUGUUCAUUAGGGAAUAGGUCCAUUGCUUUGUGUAUUUCUAUUUAAUCUCUUAUUGUAUUUCUACAAUGAUAUUUUCUUAGGAGUUAUGUAUCAUUCGUUUCGCCGCCGCCACAGACGAGGAGAAGAUUAGUUACGUGUCGUUAUAUUCAUAUUUCCAUAGUCGUAAGAGAUGCGGUGUGAUUGGAAAUUGUCACAGUGUUAUCAAAGACAUGUACCUUGUACCAUUAGCCUCACAUGAACCCAUCCCAUCACCAUUACUGCCUUUCAGUGGACCAGGUAAUGUUUGGCUUUCAUAGAACUAACAUUAUUUCAGUUGGGUAGCUCUAUCAGUUCUAAAUUGUUCUCCCUAGAGUCCAGUAAGGAUCAUCUCUAAUUGAUCCAGUGUUACUACAGGGGGAAACCUAAACUAAACUAACAUUUAUAUUGGAUACAUCUAUCGGUUGUAAACGGUUCCCUAGAAGUCCAGUAAGGAUAAUCUCUUAUUGAUCCAGUGUUACUACAAGAGGAAACCUAAACUAACUUUAUUUAUACUGGAUAGCUUUAUCAGUUCCAAACUGUUAAUUCCCUAGAGGUCCAGUGAGGAUCAUCUCUUAUUGAUCCAGUGUUACUACUAUAGGAGUAACUAAACUAACUUUAUUUAUGCUGGAUGGCUCUAUCAGUUCUAAACUGUUCAUUCCCAGAGGUCCAGUAAGAGUCAUCUCUUAUUGAUCCAGUGUUACUACAGGAGGAAAUCAAAAUUAAGUUAAACUACUUUCAUUUAUACUGGAUAAAUUUAUCAGUUAAAAACCAUUCAUUCAUUCCUAGGACUCCAAGAACCUCGGCCACAUAUGUUACUUGGUAUAAUUGUGAAGAACAAGAACGCCCCUAUAAAACGUUCCCGCUCAGGGUCCGACCGUGUCGUCCCCUCCAAUUCGGAACCUCCUUCAAAACGUACAAGUGUGGAUGAUCUUUCCUCGAAGAGCAGUACCCCCACAACCCAAACCCCUGCGAAGCCUAGCGACUCCCCCGUAGAUGAAAUUGAAGAUAUAGUCUUCCAUUAUCAUAACACGCAAGGAGGCAAACCUGAGCCUGCGAAGGCUGCACAACCAGCGGGCAUUCCUCCAAUGAUCACAGCUUUGCUAAAAAUCCAAGAGCAAGAGAAAAGACUUCGCGAGUUACAAAAGCAGUCUCAACUAUUGGAGAAAGAAUUAGCGCCUAAAAUGGGAAAUGUGGCGUCCCCGGUGGGAACUGGUGGUUUAUCCAGUCUUAUAGGUGGUCAAAUGCAAGCUUCUGUCAGUCUACCUAAUCUUACAACUGGUCAGAAAGCGUCGAGUAAUGUGUCUAGCCAUUUGUCUGGUCAAAUGGGUGGUGGUGCAUCUUCUGUUAUAGGUGGUGAAAAAGCCACUAACGGUGCUUCUAAUCUUGUGUCUGGUCAAAUGGUCAAUCCACCUGUCCACGCUAAAGUUUCUAACAACUUAGGCUUCCCAGCAGUUAUACCACAAGCUUCAAUUGGUUCUGGUGGGACAGUUCUGUCAGUUGAUGGCCCAAAGAGUGCCGCUAGUCAAGCUUAUUCAGUAGUCGGGGCAACUUCUAAUAUUUCACGACCGGAUGAGGACGAGCCGUACGACCCGGAAACGGCUGAAAACGAAGAGACUCCGUACGACCCCGAAGAUAUGGAUACUCUUGAUAUAAGUUUAGAUGAAGUACCCAGUCCGGAGAAAGGUAAUACGGUAUUGACUCCAGCGGAUAGUGCACAAAAUACUGCGCUAUCUGAAACAGUUAACCAGAAUCUAGCAAGGUCCGAUGUUACUGGGCGUUUACAGCAAAGCACACCACCAUCGAGUACUGUUGGUAAACCGGAGAUACGGGUUGAUAAUUUGGUUAAACAAGUGAAUAACCAGCCUGAAAUCUCGGUAAAACCUAACCAAAAUAUGAACCAACGUUCAAUCCCUAAAGAACUACAAGAAAAAGUUCAAGCCUUGCUUAAAUCAGAGCUUAAAUCAGAGCAGGGUAGCUUGGUUCAACAGACAAAUAACCAACCAACUGGCAAGCCUGAAGGACUGUCGCAGUUUGCUGAGCAAAAGUUGCAUCGUGGUGAAUCAGGACCAGAACGAGCUGGUACUGCUAUAUACCAUCAUAGCAAAGACUUCCCAGAAAAGCGGGACCUCCCAGAAAGGCGAGAUUUCUCAGAGAGGCGAGGUUAUAAUAACGAGGGUCGGGAUGACCCAAGAUUUUAUUCUUCAAGAUUUUCAUUGAAUGCAAGAAGUGGUAGUGACGAGAGAGGGGAUCAUGAAAAGGGUCAGGACAGAGGUGGCCAUGAUAGAGGUGGCCAUGAUAGAGGGGGGCAUGAAAGAGGCCAGGAAAGGGGCUAUGAUCGAGAUCGUAGGUCGAGGGAUUCCAGAGAACAUCGUGAUGGUGAUAGACAUUGGGAUGAUCGCAGAGAUGACAGGCGUAGAGAUGAAUAUUUUAACAGAAAUCGCGAUCGAUUUCAACGCGAUCGUAAUUGGCGACGGUGACAUGAGAGAAUGUUUUAGAAAGUUUGUUGAGAGGGUAAUGGGGGUUUCCUAUGGUAAAUUAGGGUUUUCUUAGGGAUACAUAGGGUUGGCUACGAGUAUCAGAUGAUCUCCUAGGAGAAAUCGAGGUUUCCUUGGAGUAAUGAGGGUUUCCAUAGGGUAAUGGAGGUUCUGGAGGGUUUCCAAGGGUGACCUGGGGUUCCUUACGAUGAUCGAAGAUACCUAGGGUAAUUUAGGAUUUCCUAAGGUAUCAAGGGUUUCUUUGGGAUCGUUAGGGUAACCAAAGGGUAACGAGAGUUAUCUAGGGCAUCCAAAGGGUAAUGGGGAUCCCUGAUGCAAUAACGGUUCCCUAGGAAUAGGAUAAUGGUGGAUUUCACUUUCAUGAAAAAUUAGAAAGUGAAAUGUGAAAUAAGCGUUCAAAAAAUGAGUCUUCAAGAAAGGUUUAGUAAUUAUACAAAAAUAUACAAUAUCUCUAAGAAAAUCAGUAAAACCUCUCCCAUUACCCUCUCAUUCAAAAGGCUUGCUAAUAUAUGAUGUCGCAUGAAUGUAUAAAAAAGCUUUUAAAUGUAACGCAGUAGCAUUUUUAAAGAACAUACGUAGUUGUUUUACAGAGCAAAGACAGAGUUAACUCAUUGUGAGUAAUCUAUAUAGAAAUAUUCCAUAAUUAUUGACUAUUGUGUUUCAGUUCAAUAUCGUCAUUGAAAGUCAAUGUAAAGAAUGGCUAUUCAUCAUUAAACUAUAAAGUUCACUCAACUAGCUCAGCUAUUCAUUAAAAAUAAAUAGUGUUAAGUAUUUUUGAGUGUUUUAUUUUUUUUUGCUUGCUUGAGAAUGCUGUGUAUACUGUAUAGCUGUGAUAAAAACAUUCUUCAAUAAGACAAUAGUGCUGAAAAUAUGAAUGCCAUUUGAUUUGGUGAG